UCAGUGUUAGUGUUUAUUCAGUUAGGAUAAAAUCCCACUUACAAUAACACAAAGGAUUAAUUCCAGCCGUGCUUGCUGAUUUCCGAACGUUAAUUUUCUGUCUUGUCCCAACAUAAGUUUGUUCCAGAUGGAGGACAAGGGGAAAGACUUUAAGGACGGCAGCAAGGAGAUGUGGAAGAGGAGGCAAUAAAGCAGUUUCGGACGUCCCUUGUUGCGCGUGCCUUCCCCCUCCCCUCCCCCGGCCCUCCCCCGAGCCCUGCAGGUGACCAUGACGAUGAAAGGCCUGACGAGCAGCCGCAGCCAUCACCACACGGUGACCUGCGACCCCUCCUACGACGCCAUGACCCUGCGCGCCGAGCGGAGGCCCUACCGACUCAACCCCAGCGACACCCACCCGGCCGACCACCCCUACUACGCCCAGCGCAGCUCCUUCCAGUCCGAAUGCAGCCCCUACAGUGACCUGGCCAGCAGCACCUUCCCCCGGAGACACUACAGCUCACACCACGAGCUAAAGGAGGAGUGUGGGGCCGUGGUGCCCUACACCGGGGGCCCGCCCGGUGGGGGGAAGGGGGCCGGCGGAGGUGGGGGAGGGGGAGGCAACAACCGCAUCCCCCCCAACCUGCUGGAGCAGUUUGAGCGGCAGGCGCCGGUGCGACACGACGGCUACCACACCCUGCAGUACAAGCGCACGGCGGUGGAGCACCAGCGCAGCGACAGCCCCGGACGCAUCCGCCACCUGGUGCACUCGGUCCAGAAGCUCUUCACCAAGUCCCACUCGCUGGAGGGGCCCUCGGGGGCCGGCGGAGGGGGCAGGGUGAACGGCAGCAAGGCCAGCCCCGACGACCCCCCGUCCCACCAGGGAACGCUCAAGCACAGCAGCAAGCGCAGCAAGAGCAAGGACCGCAGCAAGUCGGAGCCCAAGAUGCGCUCGGCCAUCUCGGGCUACUGGAGCUCGGACGACAUGCUGGACCGCGAGAUGUGCCUCUACCACCCCCACCCGGGCGGCGCCGGCGGGCCCCCGUCGGGCGUGAUGACCAUGGGCCGCCGCCCGGACAAGUCGCAGUCGCAGUACUUCAUGGAGUCCUACAACACCAUCAGCGCCCACUCGCUCAAGACGUCGCGCAGCAACAACGACGUCAAGUGCUCCACUUGCGCCGGCGGCCUGGCGUCGGGGCUGAUGGGCGGGCUGGAAGGCCAGCUUCUGAAGAAGAGCUCCUGGUCCUCCACGCUGACGGUGAGCAGGGCGCGGGAGGUUUACCAGAAGGCCACGGUCAACGUAGACAAAGCCCUAGUGAAGGCCGAGGCGUGCCAGCAGGGCCGCACAUGCCAGUUUCUCCAGGUGCCCCAGGACGAGUGGUGUGGGGGGGGCUUCUCGCCCCUGGGGAAGGAGGAUGAGAUCCCAUGCCGGCGGAUGCGCAGCGGCAGCUACAUCAAGGCCAUGGCCGAGGAGGACAGCGGAGACUCGGACUGCAGCCCCAAGCCCUCCCCCAAGGUGCAGGCGCGGCGGGCCAGCUACCUGAAGGCCACACAGCCCUCGCUCACUGAGAUGACCACGCUGAAGAUCUCCACGGAGCACUCUCCCAAGCUGCAGAUCCGGAGCCACAGCUACUUGCGGGCGGUGAGUGAGGUUUCCAUCAAUAGGAGUCUGGACAGCUUGGACCCAGCGGGGCUGCUGGCCUCCUCACCCAAAUUCCGCUCGCGAAACGAGAGCUACAUGCGAGCUAUGAGCACCAUCAGCCAGGUGAGCGAGGUGGAGGUCAACGGGCAGAUCGAGGCGGUGUGCGAGCAGGUGUUCAGCGAGAUGGAGUCCCAGGCGGUGGACGCGCUGGACCUGCCUGUGCCCGGAUGCUUCCGCAUGCGGAGCCACAGCUACGUGCGCGCCAUCGAGAAGGGCUGCUCCCAGGAAGAGGAGGAGGCGGCAGCGGCGGCGGCGGCAGGGGGGCAUGGCGGCCACAGGAUGAGAGCCAUCUCCCCUCCCAGGUCCUCCACCACCGUCAGGACCAUCCAGAGCAGCACAGUGUCAUCAUGCAUCACCACCUACAAGAAGACCCCUCCCCCGGUCCCGCCCCGCACCACGCCCUCCAAGCCCUUCAUCUCCAUCACCGCCCAGAGCAGCACCGAGUGCCAGGACGCCCACAUGGACGGCGGGGCCGUGCCGCGGACGCACCUCUCCUCCCAGCCGGGCCUGUCCAACUCCACGGAGAGCAUCGACAGCAUGAAGGCCCUGACGGCCGCCAUCGAGGCAGCCAACGCCCAGGUCCACGGGCCGGCCAGCCAGCACGUCACCAACAGCACCAGCACCAUCACCAUCACCGCCACGGCCGCCAUCGUCUCGGCCGACAGCAAGAGGGAGAGGGACGCGCUGCGCAAGUGCCUCUCCAUAGGCAUACAGGUUGAUGGUCCCGAGGAAGCUGUUGCUAUAGAGGAGCAUUCCAAGUUCCAGUCUGUCGGCAUCCAGGUGGAGGAGGAGAGAAGCUACCGGCGGAUGACCCGCUCCAACAGCGUGACGGCGGCCGUGCAGGCCGACCUGGACGACCCCAGCGACCCUCCGGGGACUCCCCUCCCCCCCCUGCGCCACUGCGCCACCAUGCCCCGGCAGCACUCCCGCGACGCCGCCACCUCCACCGUCAGCAUCCAGGGCUCGGGGAACCACUACCACGCCUGCGCCGCCGACGACAGCGACGGCGGCGGCGCGGGCUUCGACCCGUCCAUCCUACCCCCGCCCGACCCCUGGAUGGACAGCGUGGCGGGCGACGCCCCCGAGGAGCUGCUGCCGGGCGGGGCCGGGCGCUCGCUGUGUCGGAGGGACGGACGCUGGUUCCUCAAGCUGCUCCAGGCGGAGGCGGAGAGGAUGGAGGGCUGGUGCGGGCAGAUGGAGCAGGACGAGAUGGAGCACGAGCUGCCGGAAGAGGUCCUGGGGAAGAUCCGCAGUGCGGUGGGGAGCGCCCAGCUGCUGAUGUCCCAGAAGUUCGAGCAGUUCAGGGAGCUUUGUGAGGAGAAUCUGAGGCCCAACGCCCACCCCCGGCCUACCUCCCAGGACCUAGCGGGGUUCUGGGACAUGCUGCAGCUGUCCAUUGAGAACAUCAGCCUCAAGUUCGAUGAGCUCCACCAGCUCAAAGCCAACAACUGGAGACCCCUUGACCCCCCCGAGAUUAAGGAGAGACGGAUGGCUCCUCCUGUGCCAAAGAAGCCCCAAAAGGGCCACCCUCCCCUGGCUCGAGACCGCUCCCUGGAGAGCUCCGAGCGCCAGCGCCUGGAGGCCCGAAAGCGCCUUCUGGCCGCCAAGCGGGCGGCCUCCGUCCGACAGAGCUCGGCCACUGAGAGUGCCGACAGUAUCGAGAUUUACAUCCCGGAGGCACAGACCAGACUAUGAGAUGGACAUGCGCAAAUUCAACACACGGAGACGCACACACAGACAUGUGACCCAAACCCCAUAUGUACAGGUGUGCUCCAGCACCUCGACGCACACACAAACACUGUAACACAAACUGUGGCACUGAAUGGCUAGGGUAGGGCUUGUAAUAUAACCCCCGUCUUUGUUGACUUCCCAUGAACAGGGUGGGGUCUGUCAAGGUAGUGUUGGUUCCUCCACAAAUGUAUAUUUAUUUACCUAUUUAUUUAUUUACUCUCCUUUAGGGGGGAAAAAAAGUCCUCAGCUUUCAGCUUCUGCAUAGCACUCCCACGCCACUUUCUAUUCCAAACAUGUGUUUUGUGAUCCCUUCGUUCUCCAUGUUCGACACUCCGUUACACGACCUAUCCUCCCAAAGCAGGCAGGUGUAGCACUGGGGCGAGGCACAUAUCUCGUUACGGACGUAUUGAAUUGGCAGAGCAGGAGACGGAAGGGUGAGAUGGACAGAGAGGGAGAGAGGGCAGAAAGAG